UCCAUCCGUGUCAGGAAGCCUCUGCCCGGCACCAGCGGCACCAGCACCGGCCCCGGCCCCGGCAGCAUGGACAGCGACGAGGAGGCGCUGGAGGAGACCGUGGAAGGUCCUGUAGACGAGGACGGUCUGCCCCACGGCUUCUGCACGGUCACCUACUCCUCCAGCGAUCGCUUCGAAGGACACUUCACCCACGGAGAGAAGAACGGCAAGGGGAAGUUCUACUUCUUUGAUGGAAGCACUCUGGAGGGACACUACGUGGAGGACGCGCUGCAGGGACAGGGCGUGUACACGUAUGAGGACGGGGCUGUCCUCUGUGGGACGUAUGUGGACGGAGAACUGAACGGUCCCGCUCAGGAGUACGACUGUGAGGGACGCCUCUCCUUCAGGGGACAGUACAGAGACAACAGCCGCUGUGGAGACUGCUCCAUCUACUACCCUGACGGGGGCUGUCUGUUCGGGCGGGUGAAUGCCGACGGGGAGAUGAGCGGAGACACAGUGGCCUACAUUUACCCGGAUGGACACACGGCGCUGUACGGGACGUUUGUGGACGGAGAACUCAUCCAAGCCCGACUCGCCACGCUGCUCGCCAACAGCAACGGGAGGCCACAGUUUCAAGUCGCUCCAGACAGUGCCGUGUACACUUACGACAAGUCGACGUCCAGCUGCAUCGCAACCCACGCUCUCCUCCCUGACCCCUACGAGAGCCAGAGAGUGUACGUGGCCGACUCGCUGAUUGAAGGAGCGGGUCAGGGUCUGUUUGCUAAAACUGACGCCGACGCCAACACCGUCAUGGCCUUUUACAACGGAGUUCGCAUCACACACUCAGAGGUGGACAGCCGUGACUGGGCUCUGAACGGAAACACCAUCUCUCUGGACGAGGACACGGUGAUUGACGUCCCUCAGCCGUGGGACCAGACCCACACGUACUGCGCCUCUCUGGGACACAAGGCCAACCACUCCUUCAGCCCCAACUGCAAAUACGACCCGUACGUUCACCCUCGCUUUGGGUCCAUCAAGUGCAUCCGAACCCUGAGGCCAGUGCACAAAGACGAGGAGCUGACGGUCGCCUACGGUUACGACCACGAGCCGUCGGGAAAGAACGGUCCAGAAGCUCCUGACUGGUACAAGCAGGCGCUACGGCACUUUGAACAGACGAGCAGCCAAUGAGAGCACAGGACACAGGCAUGGACAGUCCCGCCAGCCAAUGAGAGCGAUAACAAAUUUUGAAGUACGAUAUUCUGCUGAAGUAAACAUAAACGAUAAACGAUAAUAUUGAAACUUAACUAUAAAGCAGAAUUUUAUUUUAAAAAGUAUUGUAAAUCUGUCAGAAUAAAUAACAGGAUGCUGCACUUCAGUAGUUGCGUCUAUGAUGGGUCAUAGACGUUCAUAAUUCAACCUUUUACAGCUCAAAAUAACCAAACUUUUCCCAGUAGUGCAAAGAAAAAGUACCUGUUGAAUGAUAAGUCAGUAUAGUAAUUAUCACAACAAGCCUAGUUCCAGUGGCCAAUGAAAGCACAAGACGCAAAGGUGAAAAGUGCAAUAUCCAAUGAGGGCGUAAGACAGGAACGUGGACAGUCCAUCGGGCAAUGUGGAACUGCAAGACGCCAAUGCAGACAGUUUUAGAGACAAUCGAGACAAUGCAACAGCCAAUAACGGCAAAGGAUACUGCUACGGAAAGUUAAAUAUUCAACUAUCUGUGCUACAAGUCUGACCCUGUGUUCCAUUAUCUUCCGAUUUCUACUUGGACCUCGGAUUUGACGUCACGGCCGAGUUUGAAGCGUAUUAUUAUGUUUCGUGUGUCGGACUACGUGGAUUAUGAUUAUGAUUAUUCCCUCAUCUUAUGAAAACGCUGCCACUUAAUUUUAAUUUUUGAAAUUUGCACUUCAUUUUAUGUUACGAUUUCUCUUCCGUUACAACUUUAGGGAUGUUAAUGCCCGUUAAAUCAAGUAUUUGUUUAAUAUUAGACUUACCACAACACCGACUACCAAACCCAGAGGCAGUGAUACGGACGUGAUAAAGUACUGCAGUGAUACGAGUGACUCCAAGUGUCAUUUAAACCACCAAAGUGUCCAAACGCAAUGAAAAUACUUCAUAUUUACACGUCACAACGGGCGUAGCCAUUUUCAAUUCUGACUCGGAAUCCUUGCUCGUUUCUACUUUUCCCUCAACCGAGGUCCGAGUCGCGCCGUCCCAGGAAAAGGGGCGUGUCACGUGUGUCGCUAGGCAACUACCUCGGAAAACCGAUUCGGAUUAUAAUCGAACACAGGGUGAGGUACUUGAAGGUUUAUUAUGCAAAUGCUAGGAGAUUAAGUUUGAAAAAAGCCAUGGAAAACUAUGCAAGCGUUUACCAGUAGUAUUUAUUUACCAUAAGUAUUGUCCGAUCAUGCCGUUGGGCCGAUACACACGUGUAACUCAUUUAUUUAUAAUGUCUAAAAUGAAUUAUGAUGUUUGAAUUGUGGAUUACAAGAUUGCCUGAGAUGCCUCUGAAUAUACAUUUUCUAACCUGUGUGGAAAAUAAAAUCCAUUGUUUCACACUGUG